AUGGGGUUUGGGAAUAAUGCAAUUCAGGCAGGGAGUUUGGAUGUGGGGAAGUCAAAGGUAAAGAUGCAGAAGGACGGUGCAGAAAAGGAAAUUGGGUGCUGUGUUAAAUUCUGUUUCAUUGGGAGCUGUAUACCUUCAAGAUCAAAGGUUGAUAACUCCAUCAGUGGCACUAGCGCUAACAGUGUGGAAAAAACAUCUGCAUAUGAGAAAAACAAGAAGGAAAGGAACGCUCUUCCAGGGUCCUCUACAACAACCAGUAAUGCAGAAAGUGUCCCUUCUACCCCAAAAUUCAGUGAGGAGUUGAAGGUUUCUUCUCGUUUGAGAAAAUUUACAUUCAAUGAGCUUAAGUUGGCCACUAGGAAUUUCAGACCAGAGAGUCUUCUUGGUGAGGGAGGGUUUGGAUGUGUUUUCAAGGGUUGGAUUGAGGAAAAUGGAACUGCACCUGUGAAACCUGGUACUGGGCUUACUGUAGCUGUGAAAACUCUCAACCAUGAUGGACUUCAGGGUCACAAAGAGUGGCUUGCAGAGUUAGACAUUCUUGGUGACCUUGUCCAUCCGAAUCUGGUUAAAUUGGUUGGUUUCUGUAUUGAAGAUGACCAAAGAUUGUUGGUUUAUGAAUGUAUGCCCCGUGGAAGUUUGGAGAACCACCUCUUCAGAAAAGGGUCGUUGCCUCUUCCUUGGUCUAUCAGAAUGAAAAUUGCACUUGGUGCUGCAAAAGGUCUUUCUUUUCUCCAUGAAGAAGCUCAGCGGCCUGUAAUCUAUCGUGAUUUUAAGACAUCUAAUAUUCUUUUAGAUGCGGAAUACAAUGCAAAGCUAUCUGACUUCGGACUCGCCAAAGAUGGUCCUGAAGGGGAAAAGACUCACAUAUCAACAAGAGUCAUGGGAACAUAUGGUUAUGCAGCUCCUGAGUAUGUGAUGACAGGACAUUUGACAUCAAAAAGUGAUGUCUAUAGUUUUGGAGUAGUGCUACUAGAAAUGCUCACCGGGCGGCGAUCUAUCGAUAAGAAUAGACCAAAUGGGGAACACAAUCUUGUGGAGUGGGCAAGGCCUGUGCUUGGUGACCGAAGGAUGUUACUACGGAUUAUUGAUCCUCGUCUUGAAGGUCACUUCUCUGUUAAAGGAUCACAGAAGGCUGCCCAGCUGGCUGCUCAAUGCCUUAGCCGUGAUCCAAAAUCCAGACCCAUGAUGAGUGAUGUUGUUCAAGCUCUGAAGCAUUUGCAAAACCUCAAGGAUAUGGCUAUCUCAACUUAUCAUUUCCAGGUUGCACGAGUAGAUCGAACCAUGUCCAUGCCAAAUUCUAAAAAUGGUACGCAAGCACAGUUAACAACUUUAUCAAGGAAGGGUCAACCUGCAAGGUCCUUGUCAAGUCCAAAAGGUCCUCAUGGUUCUCCAUAUCAUCACUGUAUCAAGUCACCAAAGCCUAAUGGAUAA